ACAUCGCCAUUUUCAGCGUUGAGAGGAGGCGGAGACGCUGAAAUCUCCCGCGGUACAGAACAGAAGUAGGUCAACCAGAAAUAUCGUCGAGACAUACGCACUCAGACUCCCGAAAAAACGAGAUAACUUCAUAAAUCUGCGCUCAUUCGCUUCAAAUGCGUGCGUUCUGCUCUAUUCUGAUGCGUUCAGGCUCCGGUCCGGGUUGACAUUCUCGCGAGUUAUCAGGAUUUUGUUUGUUUUUCGCUGUUUGCGAGCGAUCUGAACGGAGAUAUCAUGAGCAAUACACAAAACAGUUCUCUCAGGCCCCCAAGAAUGAAGAGGAGAUCGAGCAGAGAGCGAGACGACAGCAGCACCUCAUCCUGCGCUGGGCCGACAGUUUCCUGCAAGAGGGUCAAACAGCCCGACGAGGACCCCGGAGACCAGAUGUCCCACUGGACUCGACUGCCCCAGGAGAUCCUGCUUCACAUCUUUCAGUACCUGCCGCUCCUGGACCGUGCCUUCGCCUCGCAGGUCUGUCGCAGCUGGAACCAGGCCUUCCACAUGCCCGAGCUGUGGAGGUGCUUCGAGUUUGAGCUCAAUCAGCCUGCCAGCUCUUACCUGAAGGCCACACAUCCUGACCUGAUCAAGCAGAUAAUAAAGAGGCACUCCAAUCAUUUACAGUACGUCAGCUUCAAGGUGGACAGCAGCACAGAAUCAGCAGAGGCUGCGUGUGAUAUCCUGUCUCAGCUGGUGAACUGCUCUCUGAAGACUCUUGGACUGAUCUCCACUGCUCGACCGAGCUUCAUGGAGCUUCCCAAGUCCCACUUCAUCUCUGCACUAACCGUGGUGUUCGUCAACUCCAAGUCUCUUUCGUCUCUGAAAAUUGAUGACACGCCAGUGGAUGAUCCUUCGCUCAAGGUCCUGGUGGCCAACAACAGUGACACACUCAAGCUGUUGAAGAUGAGCAGCUGCCCUCAUGUUUCUCCUGCAGGUAUUCUGUGUGUUGCUGAUCAGUGUCACGGUUUGAGAGAACUGGCUCUGAACUAUCACUUACUGAGCGACGAUCUCCUCCUGGCGCUUUCGUCAGAGAAACACGUGCACCUCGAGCACCUUCGCAUAGACGUGGUGAGUGAGAACCCCGGUCAGCAGUUCCACACCAUCAAGAAGAGCAGCUGGGACGCCAUGCUGCGCCACUCGCCCAACUUCAGCCUGGUCAUGUACUUCUUCCUGUACGAGGACGAGUUCGGGCCCUUCUUCCGCGACGAGAUCCCCGUCACGCACCUGUACUUCGGCCGCUCGGUCAGCAAGGAGGUCCUGGGCCGCGUGGGCAUGAACUGCCCCCGUCUGGUGGAGCUGGUGGUGUGUGCCAACGGGCUCCGGCCGCUGGACGAGGAGCUGAUUCGCAUCGCUGAGCGCUGCCAGCACCUGUCGGCCAUCGGUCUGGGCGAGUGCGAGGUCUCCUGCGGUGCUUUCGUGGAGUUCGUGAAGAUGUGCGGCCGUCGCCUCUCUCAGCUGUCCAUCAUGGAGGAGGUGCUCAUCCCAGACCACAAAUACAGCCUGGAUGAGAUCCACUGGGAAGUGUCCAAGCACCUGGGUCGGGUUUGGUUUCCAGAUAUGAUGCCCACCUGGUGAAAUGCAUUCAAAAGUGCAUUGAAAAGUACUCCUAAGCCUUUGAUAAUAUGGGCUUUUUAUGUGGUCUUCAGUUAAUUCCCAAGGUUUGUACAUAGAUUUGAUUUGAUAUGUAAAUUCCCUUUCACAUUAUUAAAGGGAUAGUUCACUUUGAAAUUAAUUUUUGAUAUGUUUUAGCUUACCUCAAGGGCAUCCAAGAAGUAGGUGUCUUUGUUUUGACAGCAUUUUCAAUUUUUAAAAUUUUUUGGUCAAAGCGUUGUUGUCGGUCAGUCCUAUAAUGCAGUUUUAGGGGGUCCACCUCAAAGAGCAUGCACAGAGAAGUCAAAAUUAAACAUGAUUUAAUGACUCGUGAAUUUAACCCUUGUAUGGUGUUCGGGUCUGUUGGACCCGUUUUCAUUUUUUAUCAAAAGAAAAAUGAUACGAUUAAUUAUUUUUUCAAACUCAGACUCAUUGGCCUUGGCUCAUUUUAUGUGAAUAAUAUAUAUAUCAGAACACAUUUUCAAUUAAAACACACUGUACACCCCCCCCUUCACAUUUACAUUACACACAAGAUGUUUGGGUCCCGAGGUUAAUAAAAGUGUGGAAAUGUAGGUCCUGUGUACCUUUACUCUGUCCUCCUACUGUCAUUGUGUGUGUGUGUGAGUGGGAAUUUUGUUUCUGCACCUGACAUUCCCACAAAAGGUCACAACAUUGCUGCAAAAUUCAUGCACGCCCACCGCCUGCUCUACCAGUCCCGCACAUUUUACCCUCUGCCAUUAAUUCUUGAAUGUUAUCUAACAAAAAGGUAAAGAGAAAAUAUUAACCAUAUAUGCUGUUUGUAUUGCUUGUAAUUGGGAUGAAGGAAACAUCUGUUGAGUAUUUCAAACACCUGUUGAGUAUGAAAUUGUUUGAUUCUUGUGUUGAAUUAAAAACCCCAAAAUGCAGCGGGUCCGCCAGACCCACGAACAC